AUGCUAUAUGAUCUAAUUGUCAUUGGUGGUGGAUUUGCUGGCAUUUCCACUGCAAUUGGGUUAGAAAAGAAAGAUUCAACCGCGAAAGUACUUGUACUAGAAGCCAGUGAGGAAAUAGGUGGUCGUUGUCGAAAUGCAAGUGUUGGCCCAAAUAAUGAAUCAUCAGCCGGGUUUGGUGCUCAAUACAUAGGAAUAAAACAAACUCAUAUAUAUAGUAUAGCUUUUCGCCUAUCUUCUUUAAGAAGUAAUCCUAAAGUUUAUGGCCAUAAUCCAUGGUUUCGAACAUAUUCUGAAGGAAAGUGGUAUGAUACAUCUGUUGAAACUUCUUGGAAUGGUAUUCAAAGUCUUGAUAUUAAUGCUUCGUGGUUAAAAAAGUUGUCCCUAUGUAAAACGGUGCUUCUUGUUUAUGCUCUAGAGAAUCUUAUUAAUGGUGCUUAUCCGAGUUUAAGUUGGGGUGCUUAUUGGUUAGAUAAAUGGAAUGUACAAGAAUGGAUAGAUGCUCAAAAACUUCAUCCAUGGGUUGCGGAAUUAUGGGUGAUGGGAGUGAGAAAUAUUAUGAGCAUUGACCCUAAAGAUUUAAGUUUACUUCAUUUUCUCUGGUACAAUGUAACCAACGGUGGAUUCUUCAAUGAGGUUGCAAAGGAUACAAUUGGUGGACCGCAAGAAUUCUCUGUUGAGUGUGGUAUGGGUGUGUUAGCUCAGCGCUACAGUAAAGAAAUUCGUGGUGAUAUUUUACUUAACUUUCCAGUUGUUGAAAUCAAAACUUGUACAAACCAAGAACUUAUUGUUCGUGGUAAAAAUGGAACUACAUUUAUGGCUAGAACUGUAGCUAUAUGUGUUACUCCUGGGGUUACAAAUCAAAUCAAAUUUACUUCCUUUAACAAUACUCCUGUUAUCUCUCAUGAGCGCGCAAAUUUUUUCAAUCAACCAAUUGGUUAUAUAGCACGUGUUAUUAUGCGUUAUUCACAACGUUUUUGGCAUAACGUUUCAAUUUCUCAAAAUCCCAAUGCAAAUUUUUAUGGAUUUUCAACAGGUACAAAUCCUACCCUACUAAAAACACACAUGGAAUGGGCAUUAGACAUAUCUGAUCCUUCCAAGAAAUCUUACGCUCUCACUAUUUUUACUCGUACUGGUAUAUUUGAUAAUGUUCGCGCGAUGGGCAUUACUGGUGAUCAAUACAAAAAAGAAGUUGAACGACAAUUGAAAGAGGAUGCUGUCAUAUUAACACAGAUGGAGAUGGCACGGAUGGCUAGUAGUGUAGAAUGGUACGAAUGGUCAGAAAAUGAAUGGAUAAGAUGUGGUCCAAAUACUUAUACGCGACCUGGAAUAUUAACUGCACUAGGGAAAAAAUUACAUGAACCUGAUGCAGAAUAUGCACCAGCUUUUGUAGGAUAUGUUGAAGGUGCUGUGCGCAGUGGCGAACUAGUAGGACAACAAAUUUAUGCUAAAUUGCAUGGAAACGAUGUUCAGAGUGUAGUAGUAGUUGGCAAAAAACCAAACAUUUUAUUUGCAAUUUUAUUCGGGUUAUUAUGGAUUAUAGUAUAUAUUUUAGAAGUAAUAAUUAAUAUAAUUUUAAGAUCAUUAAAUGCAAUAUCACCAUCUAAGCACGCAUGGCAACUCGAUUGGAUUUAUCCUUUGUUAUAUCUUACAGUACUAAUGAUUCCUUCACCAUAUGCAUUAUUUAUCCCACAAAUUUUCACAUUCAUUAUAGUGUCGCAAUUUGACAAUAUUACAAAUUUUAAGGCACUAGAUGCGCCUGAACCUUCACCAAUGCGACUUUUUAUUCAUGAAAUAUGUACAAUAUUUUAUCUUUUGGUAACUUUGUGGCAAUCCAGCAAUUCAAAUUCACUUAAAUGGAUAAUAUACGCAUUAAAUGGUGCAUUAUUAAUGGCAACUUAUGGUGCUGUAAUAACUCAUGAAGCUGUACACAUAGGCAUAAGUUGGGGUUUUAGCCAAUAUCAUUUUCAAGGACAUCAUAUUAAAUUUGCAUGUCCAAAAGAUUUUGAUACUCCAUAUUUCAACGAAUCCUUUUGGAAAUUCCUUCCACGAAAUUGGAUAGCUUUAGCACAUCUUUUAUUACAAAGCGUAAUUACACAAAUUUCAUUUUCAUCAAAUGCAUAUACACAACAUUAUGGUUUAAAUCGAAAUUUAACAUACAUGAUUGAGGGAUUGCAUCAUGCACACCAUGUGAAAUGCCUAAGAAAUUUGGCAAAUGAAAGUGUUCCACUUAAUUCAGGUAUUGGAAUACUAGAUGCAGCUGGCUUAGCUUUAUUUCCACAAUUAUGGUUUAAGAAAAUUAAUCCAUUGAUACCAAUCGAAAUAAGGUUGAUAAAUAAAAAUAAUGAAGAACAUUGA